UCGGGAGCAAAGAUUGGUGGCCUGCGUAGUGGACGGAAUGAAUAAGCCCAGACCCUGACACAAUAAAGUUAAGACAACGCCGGGCUUCUGACCCGGAGCACGGAGGCGCAGAAAAAACUGCUUCGUCGGAUCUGCGCCUUCGCUCGCGGACUUUCACGGGAUCUACCAAGGCAGAAAUGCGGGAUUUGUUUUGGCUCGUCAUGCGCAGAAUUUAAGCGAUUACUUUUUUUUUUUUUUCUUCCCCUCUCUCUCCCCAAGAUUUCGUUCCUUGGAUAGAUACAUAAAUCCAUAUAUGCAUCCAACAAACGCUGCAAACAGGAUAAGGUGAGCGCCAGGGACGAGGUCUGGCCGCGCGGGACCGCUUCCGACGCGAGGUUUUGCGGAGGGCUGAGAUCGCCAGGGACGGAUCUCGCUCGUGAGUUUUAUGCGGCGGGUGAUGGUGCGGCUGAGCGGGGCAGCCCUGCUGCUCCUCCUGCGCGGGCUGCUCGCGGUGCGCGGCUUCGGCGACGACGUGGACGAGGUGACCUGCGACCCCAUCCGGAUCGGCAUGUGCCAGGGGCUGGGAUACAACGUCACCAAGAUGCCCAACCUGGUGGGCAACGUGCUCCAGUCCGACGCCGAGCUGCAGCUGACCACCUUCACGCCGCUCAUCCAGUACGGCUGCUCCAGCCAGCUCAAGUUCUUCCUUUGCUCGGUCUACGUGCCAAUGUGCACCGACAAAGUGCCGAUUCCCAUCGGACCGUGCGGCAGCAUGUGCUUGUCCGUCAAGAGAAAAUGUCUGCCGGUGCUUCACGAGUUUGGAUUCAUCUGGCCUGAGGUGCUCAACUGCAGCCUCUUCCCGCCUCAGAAUGACCACAACCACAUGUGCAUGGAGGGCCCGGGGGACGAGGACCCGCCGUAUCACCGCCACCCUCCGCACCAGGAGGAGUGCCAGGCCCCGGGAUCCGCGGCCGACCAGUACACCUGGCUCAAGCAGACCGACAGCUGCGCUCUGCAGUGCGGCUACGACAGCGGCCUCUACAGGCGCGGGGCCAAAGUCUUCACGGACGCGUGGAUGGCGGUGUGGGCCGUGCUCUGCUUCCUCUCCACCACUUUAACGGUCCUCACUUUUCUGUUGGAUUCCCAACGAUUCUCUUACCCGGAGAGGCCCAUCAUCUUCCUGUCCAUGUGCUGCAAUUUGUACAGCGUUGCCUACCUGGUUCGGCUGACCCUGGGUCGUGAACGUGUGUCAUGUGACCUGGAUGCCGCCGAGGUUCCUAUUCUCGUGCAGGAAGGACUAAAGAGCACCGGCUGUGCCAUCGUCUUCCUCCUGCUGUACUUCUUUGGCAUGGCCUCGUCUCUCUGGUGGGUGAUCCUGACCCUAACGUGGUUCCUGGCUGCAGGAUUAAAGUGGGGCCACGAGGCGAUCGAAAUGCACAGUUCCUACUUCCACAUAGCGGCUUGGGCCAUCCCGGCGGUCAAAACCAUCGUCAUUCUCAUCAUGAGGCUGGUGGAUGCCGACGAUCUGACCGGCCUCUGUUAUGUUGGCAACUUGCAGCAGGAGGCGCUCACCGGCUUCGUCGUAGCGCCGCUCGCCACCUACCUUCUCAUCGGCACCCUUUUCAUCUGUGCCGGUCUCGUCGCCCUUUUCAAGAUUCGCUCCAAUCUGCAGAAGGACGGCGCCAAGACAGACAAACUCGAGCGGUUGAUGGUGAAGAUCGGCGUGUUUUCCGUGCUCUAUACGGUUCCGGCCUCCACCGUGAUCGGCUGUUACCUCUACCAGCUUUCUCACUGGGCGGAGUUCAAAGCCGCCACGCAAGACUCGUACGUCGCGUCGGAGAUGCUCCGGAUCUUCAUGUCGCUGCUGGUGGGCAUCACCUCGGGCAUGUGGAUCUGGUCGGCCAAGACCCUCCACACGUGGCAACGCUGCUCCGCCCGCUUGCUCAAGGACGGCAGGGCGGGUCGGGGAUCCAAGCGGGGACCGGGCAAGGGCUGGAUUAAACCGGGGACGGGCAACGAGACGGUGGUGUGAGGACAAAGAACGGACGAGGUCGGACUUGCUUCUUCGUCCCGCAAACGUUCACCCCGACAAACCACUGGAUGUGAAAGGCGCUGUAAAAUGUUCGGUAACCUCUUGACCUCUCGAGACUUUUUACAGCCCUUUGAGAUGGGGAGGGAAAAAAAAAAAAAAAAAACGAGGACUGGAGCGAGCAGCACUGAAGCAUCAGCACGAAAAGAUUGGACACGAUAUAAGCUGUGUAGUGCCACGUCUACCUCUGCCUCGAUUUUCUGCGCAACAGCAGGGACUGAACCCGCCGGUUGUAAUAACCCCGCUCGCUACCUUAAAGGCCCGUGUGGGGCGCCGCUAAGUCCUUGGACAGAUGCUAUUCAGAUACCAGCUGAGGUUUCCCAAAGAGCCCGGUUGUCUUUCUAUAUGAAAACGGAACGCGGAAAUUGAAAAGACGCGCCGGACCAAAAGAUAGUAACCAUGUGUCAAACGGCCGUUCCAGUUACAAAGCGUUUACGUUUUGAACCGGCGACUUUUUUUACUGACGCCAGAUUUAGGUGUCAUGUGCCUGCCACAAGCGCAUUCGUUUCAACGGCGGACUCGCGUGGAAACUCGGCAGAACGGAGAUGACGACGAAGCAGCGAUGAUGACGCCACCUCGCGUCAAUUCGAUGAGGAAGGAAUGUAUAAGAGGCAAAUAUGGAAACGUGACGAUAGCUUGAGCCGUGCGUGCAUCUAAAUGUCGAGUAUGGUCAAUCAAGAUAGCGGGAUUUUCGUUGGACUACCGAAGCCGGCAGGGGAAAUAUAGAAAUAUAUAUUUAUAUGGGCGGCAUGAUCAGCCGCUAAAGCGUUGGCCUCACAGUUCUGAGGUCACAGGUUCGAUCCCAGCCCCGCCUGUGUGGAGUUUGCAUGUUCUCCCCGUGCCUGUGUGGGUUACCUCCGGGCACUCCAGUUUCUUUCCACAUUUCAAAAACACGCAACAUUAAUUGAACACCCUAAAUUGCCCAUAGGUGUGAUUGCGAUUAUGAGUUUGUCUCGAUGUGCCCUGCGAUUGGCUGGCGACCACUUCAGGGUGUACCCCGCCUCCUGCCCGUUGACAGCUGGGAUAGGCUCCAGCGCUCCCCGCGACCCUCGUGAGGAUAAGCGGCGAAGAAAAUGCAUGGAUGGAUGUUUGCGGCACGGUGGAUCGGCUGGUAAAGCGACCUCACAGUUCUGAGUUCCCAGGUCCGAUCCCAGCCCUGCCAGUGUGGAGUUUGCAUGUUCUCCUCGUGCCUACGUGGGUUUUCUCCGGGCACUCCGGUUUCCUCCCACAUCCCAAAAACAUCCAUUAAUUGGACACUCUAAAUUGCCCCUAGGUGUUAUUGUGAGUGUGACUCUUUUCCUCUACGCAGCCUUCGAUUGACCGGCAUCCAGUUCAGGGUGUUCCCCGCCUCCUGCCCGUUGACAGCUGGGAUAGGCUCCAGCACUCACUGCGACACUUGUGAGGAUAAGCGGCGAAGAAAAUAGCUCAAUAGAUGGAGAUAUAUAUAUAUAUACAUAUAUAUAUAUGUUUUAAGAGGGAGUCACCGAUAGUGUAGUAGUACACACGCCUGCCUUUGGUGCAGGCAGCGGGGGAUCGAUUCCCGCUGAGUGACGCUAGCUGGGAUAGGCUCCGGCUUUCCUAUGACCCUCGUGAGGAUAAGCGGCUUGGAUGAUGACAUUACAAUGUUUUAAGAGUAACGAGUAGUCAAUUGAUUUUCCUUGGAUGCAUUGAAGCUAUUGUUUGAGGAUCGUCAAGGAGGCCAGCGGUUAACAUUUCGAUAAGAUGCCAACGUAGCGAAUUGUUUGCACAAAAAGCACAAGUCUGUAGUUGCUUAUGGCGCAAUUUAACAUCAGUUUCCUGCCCCAUCAUUUUUUUUUUUUUUUUUUUUAAAGUUACAAUAUAGCUUCAGUCUCCUCGGAACUGCAUACGCUCACAAGUUCAGGGGCGGUCCAGGAAAUUAAAGCUGACUUUUCCGAAUAUUAGCCAGAUUUCAAUGUUAUUAGACAAUCACUUGCUAAAAAAGACUCAUCGUUCAACACUUUAUAGCUGUUGCAAACGCGUGCCCUUGAGCAACUAUGCAUAAACAUGACGAGGAGCAAGAAAAUCCACUCGCCGGAGACAAUCUAUGAACCACGCAGUCCUCUCCUUUGUGGAAAAAUAUCAGCGCUAUCUGUUUGGCUUCUGACUUUUCAGGGUCAACCGAGUCAUCCAAAUUCAGUUGUUCCGCCUGAUGUGUGUCAGGACUGCGUCGCGGCCACCAGAGACAAUCAAACCGCUCCCGGAAAAGGAAAAAAAAAAAGAAAAAAAACAUUGUUGUGCAAUGGAUUUUUGAAUUAUGAAAUGGAAAACUCAGAAAAAUUCUCACUCAUCAAGUCUUAGUGCAGCAUUGCUCGGUGCGUUUGCGCCACAAUCUAGCAAAAGUGCUUGCGUUUCAGCGAGUCUUUGAAUGUAUAUCUGCGACGCGCGUCACAUUUUGUUCCCGUAUGAGCGAGAGCGGAACGUGGGAAGUCCGAGAGCGCACGGGGCCCACGGUGUGUCACGCGAUACGCGUUGCCGUCACGUGGAUUUUAAGCUAAACCUCGCAGAAGUAGGUGAGGAUAUCGCCUUACAGGCUCGUGUUGUGUCUCGGCCUACCGGGUGGAGGGGAAACGAGACCUCGUCGGAGCCAUUUCUAAAUAUUGUGGCGAACCUGAGAAUCCCGGAGCGGCCACCGGGCGGUCCCCGAAGCGGCGUACCUUGGCACCCUAAUUAAAUUUCCAAAGUCAAACAAACAUUACAUUGAGCUAAAGUGAAUUAGGUUAAGCUCUGACCGCCAUCCGCCUGAGCUAAUGCAGUUUCCCCCCCCCCCCCCUUUUCUCAUCAGGUUUGGCGGCCGCCACCCGUGUGACCGCGCCGAGCCUCCCGUGAGGUUUUAAAGAGUAACAUGGUAGUUCGAGUUACUUUGACGGGGGCCGCGUCGCAAAAGAAUCAAAAUAAAUAAACCCCCUGGCAAGGAGAUAUGGAAAUGUUAAAAAUGGCCAGAUAGUAAUCAAUGUUGGGUUUGGCUCGCCAGUGCUGAUCUUAGCCCGGAUCAUCGGUGUGCUAUUGGAAACGUGUUAAUUUAUCCUUGUAAAAAGUGACAGAAUUUUUAAAACUCCUUUGUUAUUUAAAUGACACUUUUGUAUCAGAAGAUGAAUUAAAAAAAAAAAAAAAAAAAAACGCUUUGGUUACCCAAAUGUUUUGCUUUGAGUGUGUCGGUGUGUUUGUACAGAAUGAAUGUGCUCGUACUCGCGUUUGAAUACACUACAAAGACAAUAGAUUGCUGUUCACGUCAUAAUAUGCCAAACAUUUUUGGCGGAAUACGGGUCUGGACUACUGGGAUGCCGGUCUGGUACUUAAAAGUCUUUUUCCAGGAAGCCACUUGGUUGUGUUUGGUAUUGCCUUGCUGAGACAAAGCAGGGAUGUCCCGGGAAAGGACGCUGCUUGGAUGGCAGCACAUGUUCCUCCAAAACGUGUAUGUACCCUGAAGCAUUAAUGGUGCCUUGACGGAUUUGUUAGUUACCCGUGUUAAAGGUGUACCAUCACAGAUGCGAGCAAACUAGUAGCUGAGAAGUCUCCCCAGUCCUCAGCCCGAUAGAAAACCGGCGGGGGGAGCCGAGCGUCUCCGUUUCUAAGCGGCAGCCAAAAAGACCUGAAGGAAUUAAAGAAUUCCUGCGAAGACUAGCGACCCACAAUCCCCCCUGAGCUGUGAGCAAACCCGGCGAUUAACUCCGAGCAAAGUCUUACCC